CACAUUAUUGUCGAAUUGGUUUUCAUAGAAGUAGUACAUAGAAAAUAAAAAAAAAACAAAAUGUCCUUAGAAGUGAAUAUUGAACCUGAAGAAUUCAAUUCCUCAGAACUACAUAAUUGCAUUCAAGAAAUAGCCAAAAUGAAAGGCAUGGAAGAUUUCGAAUAUCAAGUCGACUUUGCUUGUAACAAAACUGAAAAUUUUGUGGCUAAUAUUUUCAGAGUUUUGAUUAAUGACAGUGGCAAAAGCAAAAAUGUUAGUGUUAUUGUGAAAACUUUAGUGAACACUACAAGACAGGAUUUGUUUCAAGAACUACAUAAGAGAGAAGUGUUUGUUUACAAAGAAGUGUUGCCAAAAUUUAAACUAUUGCAGGAAAAUAUUGACAUAGAUGAGCGAGUUUCGUUACCAGAAUGUAUGUUUUCAAGUACAGAGAAAGACAGAGAAAUUCUUAUUCUUGAAGACUUGUUAGUGAGUGGUUUUGCAAUGGAUAAUAAAGCUGCUAAUUUCAAGAAACUUGAUUAUCUCCAAGUGAGGCUUGUAUUAACAGAACUCGCAAAAUUCCACGCUCUAUCAUUUAUCUUGCAGAGAAAAGACCCUGAAAAUUUUGAUAAAUUGACUAGUGAACUGCAGGACAUCGUAUUCCAAGACACGUUUCUAAACAAAAGUAAACUGAGGAAUUAUUUCAGUGAUUCUUUUGCAAUGUCAAUGAAGCAAAUAAAGGAUGAAGAUGCAAAGAAAAAGUUAGCUAAAGUAGAGACAAAGUUAUUGCAAGUGCUGAGAAUGUUUGUAGAGCCGAAGAAGUAUAACGUUUUGUGUCACGGUGACUGUUGGAUAAAUAAUAUUCUUUUCAAACAUCAAGUAAUGAAGCAAAGUAAAAUCUGCUUCCUUGACUUCCAAGCGAUGCGCUAUGCCAAUCCUACGACUGACAUAAUCUACUUCUUGUACCUGUGCACCGAUGCCGAAUUUAGAUCUGAAUAUUUUGAAACUCUACAAACCGUUUACUAUGAAAGUCUAAAAUCUUUCUUAAGACUAUUUGAUAUUGACGUCAGGACUGUUUAUCCUUUGGAAAAUUUCAAAAACGAUAUAGAAGAAACGCUACCUUUUGGACUAGCUAUGGCUUUGGUUGAAAUGAGAAUUGUUACUACGACUACUGAAGAAAGUACUUUGCAGAAUUAUUAUUAUGGACCUGUAACUGUAGAAGAGGCUGGGGAUGACAGUGGAAGUGGUAGUAAACUGUUUAGUAUGAGAAUCAACGAUGUUGUGGAAGAAAGCGUAAAUAAUGGUGUACUAGAUAAACUUGUUGAUGCAAUAAAUUAGUUGAAUUAUCGUUGUAUGAGUGAUUAGACGUACACGAUAUUCUUUGACUUGAAAAAAUAAAUGUAUGUGUAUGAUUAUGAUGGGUAUGAUGGGUGUAUGUGUAUGAUGGGUAUGAAAGAUUUGAUUGAUUGAUUGAUGAAAGUAAUGUGUAUGAGGUGAAGUUUAUGAACGUGUCCUGAGGGGGUGUAAGAGGGAGAGAGAAGAAAGGGAAGGAAGAUGACGACGGUUAGAUUAUUAGAAACGUGAAUGUGCUCUGUAUUAUACGAAUCGUAAUUGUGUAGAUAAAAUAUAAAAAAAAACUUUAAAUAUUACGAGUCAUUUCAAUUUUUAACUCCAC